AUGUUUAAACUAAUUUCAAACACCAUGCUUCUGAUUUCCUUCAUUAUCUUUAUCCUUCUUCCUUAUCCUUCCAUUUCGACCGAUCCCGACCCGUUACAAGACUUCUGUGUUGCUGAUCUAAAUGCAACUGUUUCUGUUUCUGGAUUCCCAUGUAAACCAAUUUCUAAAGUUACUGUUGAGGAUUUCUUCUUUGAUGGUUUAAGCAAAGAAGGCAACACAAAAAAUCCAUUUGGUUUUGGUCUUACACCAGGAAAUGUUCUUAAAUUGCCUGGACUUAAUACACUCGGUUUGUCGAUGAACCGUAUCGAUCUUGCUCCCGGUGGAAUGAACCCUCCUCAUUUGCAUCCUCGAGCCUCCGAAAUCGUUAUCGUCCUUAAAGGGAGGGUUCUUGUUGGAUUUUUGACAGUUGAUAAUGUGUAUUAUCAUAAGGUUUUGAAAGUUGGGGAGGUGUUUAUCAUUCCUAGAGCACUUGUUCAUUUUCAGUAUAAUGUCGGACAUAGGAAAGCAGUUGUGCUUGCAGGUUUCAAUAGUCAGUUGCCAGGAGGCGUGCUCGUCGCCGGGAACUUGUUCGCUUCGAAUCCUCCGAUUCCCAAUGUAAUUCUGUCGAAGGCUUUACUCGUCAACGAAGAUGUUAUCAAAACCAUCAAGUCUGAUUUUAUUCUUUAG